CUUCUCGCCAAGUCACGGGUUCGUCAGGAGCAAUGAGCUGCAGGAUACUCGGCAAUCAUGGCGGCAGAGAUGAAACCAGAACACAUUGCAGCAAUGGAUACAAACAUCCUGUUUCAAAAGUACACCAUCAAUGAAGUGAAGGACACCGAGAAAAGGGUCAGGUCAGACAUUGAAAGGAAGAAAGAAGAUCUAAGGCAAAUGGUUGGGGAGAGGUACCGAGAUCUGAUUGAAGCAGCAGAUACCAUUCGUGAGAUGAAGAACAGUGCAAAUAAUGUUGGACAAGCAGUGUCCAGCAUGGACAAGUAUUGCCAACAACUGCAGAAGAAUAAAAAGAAUCAUGCUAGGGAAAAUAUGGAGGCUGCAAAAAAAAAGGAACAUGAUGCUUUCUAUAGCAUAGCAGCAGAGAUAAAGCUACUUUUGGACAUGCCAGAAAGGAUCUGGAGUUCCCUGGAGGCAGAUGAGCUUCUGUCUGCAGCCCGGCUGUACCUCUUGUCUCACCACAUCAUGACCAGCCUGCACCUGGACUCCCCCUCCCCCCCUCCCUCCACUCAGACCCUCCUCGCAUUCUUCCCCAUCCUGUCUAGGCAGUGGUCUUACAUCAGUCACUUCAAGGUCGCAAUCUUACAGUACUCCAGCAUAGCAGAGUUCUGUCCAUCAUUGAAGACUCUGGCCAACCCAGUAUCCCAGGAACACCUCCAGGCUAGCUGUCAGAAGUGGAUCACUACAUGUGUGGAGACGAUCCACAGAGGAGUUGGGGAGUUACUGGGCUACAUCAGCACCAUCAAGGGACUGGUCGCCAUCAGAGAUGCAGUCUGGGACAUGUUGGCACGGGAUGGUGCUGGUAUGGAAUGGAGUGUGAUCUGUCAGCAUAUACUCCGUAGAGAGGUUCUGGUCUGGGAGGAGUUUCUUAGGCCUAUCCUUCUCAACAGGUCUAAGGUUAUCAUUGAAAGCCAGUGCAAUAGUACAGCUGAACUGUCUCUUCAGCUGGUCACAAACACUCUGCAGGAACUGGGGCAAAAAAACAGCUCAGAAAGGUCCCUGAUGUCUGAACAUGAUGUGGCUGGUUACGUGUGGACUGAGAUGUCCAGUGACAUGCCGUCCAGGUCCUCCUGGUUCCACAAGACUGGUGAGGAGAUGGGCGGUCUGGCCAUGAAGGCAAAGGCCUUCACACCCAGAGUACAGAGCUUGUGUAAGAAGCUGGACAGUAAGCUGGAGUGCCUGUUGGAGGAUGUGUCCCAGUACACGUCUGUGUCCCAGAGUCAGCAGGACCGCGGUGCUGCAGGGGACAGCUCCACGGCUGACCCUCCCUUUGACAAGUUUGCAGACAAUGUACAUCUAGAGAAGUACCUGCAGAAUGGAUGUACAAGCUGCAUUACCAGAUUACUGGAAUGUGUUUCAACAGAGCUGAAAUCAGCAAGAGAAGUGCUGCUAAACAAGACUGCAGUGGGCAUGUCUAACAGUUCUUCAACUAUAGACAAAGCCUUGUUCCUGGCCAGGUUGUGCUCAGGCCUGGUGGAGAUCUGCCCUAACCUGCAGCUUUGCAUGAUGGGAAAACAGUCAAAAGAUGCCACACAAGAUUCAGCCAGGGUAUUACACAAGCAAGGGUCUUGGAGAGGAGUGUCAAAGAUGCAAGGCACUAUGCCGCCUUUGGACGAAAAUUCUCCAUGGGGGAAACUGAGGAGCAAACUUUUUUCAACAGCAGACAUAGGACACAGGUUGUGGGCCGAGCACACCUCAGGCUGGUUGGUUGACCAGUUCUCCUCAGCCCUGAGAGACUCCAGUCCUGCUGCCCUGCUCAUGUCUGCUACUAACUGGGAGGAGAUAGAGAUACAGGAGGAGACGGAGGCUGGCAAGUCUGUCCAGUCCAAAAUCAGACUCCCUGUACAGGCAUCAUGGUAUGUCCAGUCCAUGCUGUUCUUACUCUGUAGGGAGGUCAAUAGAGUUGGAGGACAUGCUCUCAGCAGGUGUAUAAUCCAUGAUGUGGUGCAGCAGACCUGUGCUGGGGUGCUGAGUGCCUAUGAAGCCCUGCUGCAGGACAGCGCCACCCUGCCACAGGCCCGGGCACUGCAGCUGGUGUUUGACCUGAGAUACAUCACCAACAUGCUGUCAGCCAGGGGACCUGACUCACAGGCCUACCGAGCCCAGGCAGACAGAGUCAUGCGACUGUUGGAGAAGAUAGAGAACCACAUCGACCCGUUUGACCUGGACGUCUUCACACCUCACCUCAGUAAAGCACUAGACAGGCUGACCCAGAGAUGUUCGGUGAUGUUGGGAGUGACCACCAGCCCAGACCGGCACCUGGCAGCAGGCAGACCCCCCGGCAGUACCGGUCAGCAGGAACAGCACAAUGUCCUGCCCCUCCCCCCACCCAUCCCCCGGUUCAGCCUGCUCCCCAUCAACACCAGGACAGACUCCAGCAAGCCCAGACAGACCAUAGAUGUACCUGUGCCCAAAGUCCAGGUGCUGCCGUCCCUCAGCAGUAGUGGCAGCAGGGAUGUUGAGGAGACAGGAAGGUUGCCCAGAGCUGCCAGCCCCUCGUCUCUGUACUCCAGGAUUGGUGCCUUCAGUACUGGAUGGCUCUCCAACAUAGGACAGGGCAACAAGUGAAGAGGUAUCCACCAGAGUUGAGUUGGCAUCAGGUGCAGGCCGACUGCAGCUGCUCAUCCACAUGACAUGAACAUCUGCGAUCUGAUCACAUGAUGCAGGCGUUUCAUCCUGUUCCUUGUGCAAGUUGGUAGUCUCUGUUCCAUGUCAGCUCAGUUUACUAUGUACCCUUUCCUCUCAGUGUUGCAGGCCAGAAUAUACCCCUGGUCAAAAUAUACCUGGGUAUAUUCUGCCCUGCUACACAGGCAUUACCAGUUAAGCAAAGUACAGGUCAGUUCCCUUGAACAAAAUGUAUCUAAACAUGACUAAAUGAUAAAAGAGGAUGGAUAAUGUGUACAUUUCUGUAAUACAUUGUACUAGUACCUAUAGAUUUGGUCACUGUGUUAUUUAUUGCUGCACUUGCAAGAAAAAUGGAAUGUGCAGUCACUCAGGAAUACCGGUACACAAGUACCUGUGUGCACAAUGUGAACAGGUAUUUGUGUAUUCCUGAGUUCACUGAAAGUUUAGAUCAAACGUUCUGAAUAUGACGGUAAAAUCUGCACCUCCAGGGACUUUAAGGAAUAAAAACUACCAUGUCAUAUUCUCUGUAUUUGGGCAGUUGUUACGUAGAUCCUAGAGGAGAAGCCAAUAUUUUACAAUCUGCACCGUGCAGUGUUAUAUUAGUGCUAGAGUUGUUACGAAACAGUAUCUCUCGUACUACUGACAUGUCAUAAAAGAUGGACCAUACAGAAGGUAUGGUUCACUUUUAACUUAAGUUUUUGUUAGCCAUAAAAUGGUGACUGUACCUAAGUGCGUCUAUUCUAAGACAUGGUUAUAUUGUAAUGCAUUUCGAUGAAAUCUUAAUGAGAUUUUGGGUGUUCCAUAUAGGCUGGUGGAGGCAUCAAAGCAUGCUAAUAAAAUCUGCAAUUCUUA